AAUAGACAAUUCUUAUUUAAAAGAGUCAUUUAUCAAUAUACUCUUUUUUUUUCCCCUUGUUUAUAAUACUUAUAUAAAUGACAGAGAUAAUAAAAAAGAAAGGAAUCAUUUCAGGCACAACAAAGAAACGAUUCUUUGCAGGCUCUUCUCUUUCUUUCUUUCUUUCUUACAUGAUGCCAAAAGUGAUCAAAAGAGCAAGAACGAAUCCCGGAGUGGUUAAAUUAAUAUCUAAUCAUUAUACUACAGUCUUUGUGAUAGCUACUAUUGCAUCCUCUUUAUUUUGUUACUACCUUAUUUAUGGCAGCAAAAGAAACGAUGAUAUUGAAACAUUAAGGAAAAGAAAUAUAUUAAAAAGAAAACCAUUAGAGACUCCAGAAGAAAGAUAUGCAAGUUUAAAGAUAGGAAGAAGGUUUGUUAAUCCUUUUGAUGAAUGGAUCGAAGUUCCCUUUUAUAAAACAAUGCUAUUUUGGAUGAAAAGAUGGAAAGGAAAUGGCGUCCCUCGUAAUGAAAAAGAAUUAGAAAAGACUUUACCCGUGAUGAAGCCUGACCUUGACAAAAUUAAAAAUUUAAAUGAUAGAAUAACAUUUACUUGGUUCGGACAAUCUACUUGUUUGAUAACAUUGGAUGGAUUAACUAUUUUGUCAGAUCCGGUAUUUAGUCGAUGUUCUAUUAACCAUUAUCUCGGUCCAAAAAGACUAAGACCAAUACCUUGUCAAUUAGAAGACUUUAUAGAUACUAUAGAUGCUGUCAUCGUCUCUCAUGAUCAUUUUGAUCAUUUAGAUGAAUCAGUAGUGAAAAAACUAGGAAAUUCAGCUGUUUGGUAUAUUCCGCUCGGAUUAAAAAGCUGGUUUACGAAACGAAAUGUGACCAAUGUGAUUGAACUGGAUUGGUGGCAAGAAGUGUAUCAUGAAAACAGACCCGAUAUUAUGUUUGCUUGUGUUCCAGCCAUGCAUUGGAGUGGCUCAAGGACUCCUUUUGAAAAAAACAAUACUCUUUGGUGUAGCUAUGUUAUUAAAUCACAAAACGAUAAAAUAUUCUUCUGGUAAGAAUAUAUCAUCAUUUUUUUUUUUUACAAACCUUUUAGCUUGGCUGCAAUCCCAAUUGGUAGUUUUAUGCCUACACAUUUGAUGCAACACCUUCAUAUGGGACCAGAAGAUGCUAUCAAAGCCCAUUUAGAUUUAGGUAGUCCAUAUUUAUCCGUUGGUAUCCAUUGGGCUACAUUCAUGAUGUCGGAUGAACACUAUUUAGCACCCAAGAUAGCUUUAAAUCGUAUCUGGCAGACGAUAGCCACUCAUACCACUACUACGAAAUCAAGAUUCAUUACGACAGAGAUUGGACGGACACUAGUUUUGGAAUGAUGUCUAUAAAAUAAAAUAAAUUCUGUGUUUUAUAUUAUUAUAAGCUAUGCUUUAUUUAUUUUCAUUUGUUCAUGAUUGAAAGGAAAAAAAAAA